AUGGCGCACACCCCCGAGCCAUCAGACGAGCCUCCCUUGUCCUCACCCACCAGCGAAAGCCUCCCCUCGCAGCCCAACACGCCUCCAGACGCCAAGAAGCAGAACCCCGACAAGAACGACUAUGCCGCGAUUCGCGCUAGACGCCGCGCCCAAAACCGCCUCUCGCAGCGAGCCUUCCGCGAACGCCGCGAACGCCACGUCAAGAACCUCGAACACCAGUUCCAGGACCUGCUCAUCAAGCACCAGAUGCUGCUCAAGUCGUACUGGAUGCAGAAGACGGAGCUGGUGCAGCUGAGGCGGACAGUGGACCAGCUCACGGUGGAGCUGCAGCUCAGAGACGCCAGCAAUGCUGCUACCAGCAGUAACAAUAACACCACCACCAGCCCUCGAAACGCAGUCGCCAACGGGAAUAAUGCGAAUAGCCGAUGUAAUAGACCGGUCAACAGUGCAUGCACGCGACCAUGCAUGGACACGACCGCAGCGACACCAUCCUCGCUAUCCCCCUCCACAUCAUCAACGUCGUCGUCGUCGUCGUCGUCGCUUGGAUUUGACGAGAUGAAUCCAGCGUUUAGCAACAAUACCACCAGCAAUAAUAAUGAUAUGAACAUGCCCUUCUUCCCAGUGGACACUCAACUACAACCGCAAAUACAACCGCAAGGGCAACCACAGCCAUCGCAACCACGCUUCAACGCAGAUCAAGUCAACAUCCUAUCGGCCGACGACAGCUACGGGUACGGCAACAGCCUCGCAGACUGGAGCUGCGGGAUAGAUAUGGACAGUCUAGGACUUAAUCUAGGUCUGAACAACAACAACAAGGGGUUCGACCUGAUGGAUAACACGCAAAAUCGAUCUAUUGAUGGAAACUCUAUUGUCGUGUCGAUCAAGGAGAGGAGAUGGGCGAUAAUAAUGACAGAAUAUACAUAUCCCAGCAAACUCGUCACGAAAUCGACGAUCAGCCUGCAUGCAUCCACGUCAGAAUCAGAAUAUGCACAGCAAGCAACAAACUCGUCCUUCGUGCUGGGUUUCGCACUCACUCAUAAUAAUCUCCCUCAACACCCGCAGUCGCCGCUUACACCCCUCCGUUUCCUCGAGCAGCUGCGUGACGCGGCGCUGGAGGCCCUCUGCCAUGAGAUGCAUUGCAUGCAGCAGAAACGGGGUCAUGGCGGUUGUUGUGCUGCUGCCGUCCGCAGCAGACGGAGAGAAGAUCUGUGCCGUCUCGACCACUUCUUGCCAUUUGUGCUGCUGUUGACGUGCGUCGAAGAUGGAGGAGGAUGGGGAUUCUACCUAUUAAAAAUCCCAAUCGCCCCCAAAUACGCCCUCCAAUCCUCCUCUUCUCUCGACGGCAGCAACGCAGCAAAAGCCCUCAGCGUCUGGUCCAACUGCACCGCCUGCGCCGCCUUGAACGACCAGACUCUGAACAACAGCGCUGCGGAGUUUGUCAAAACUAGGGCUGGACAAGCAAUCAUUGAGCGAAUUUCCGAAGGCGAUGAGGAGAGCGAAACCAACCCUCCGGAAUUUACAGACUACUACAAACUGUCUAACGAGAAGAUGAAAGAGUUCCAGGAUACACUGAAGAGGUUCUCCGUUACCCUUAAAUCAAGGAAAAUUUUCAAGAAGCUCGGCGUCGAGAUCAGAGAGCCCGGGGACUACAAUCUUGACUACGUGCUCUCGAUAGCCAAGUUGAUCGAGGAGAGACGUGAAGGAGCUGAUAAUACUCGCGACUGCAAGCGAUUCAUCCGGAAAUGUUUCCGAGGUGCUGCUAAACACAAAGAUGUCCUGACAGGUAUAAUCAGCAUGGCUCCGAGUGAUAUAUAUGGGUCUGUCAUCUCGCGAGGCUUCACCCUUAUUCUUGCCGCGGUGGAGGAGCACGAGAAUCUUCGCAAAGACAUCCAGGCAGCCCUUGCUGAUAUACCGCGAAAAUUCAACAAUGUGCACAGACUUCAUGAUGGCGAUGUCAGAAUUGCACUUGACGCGUUGGAAGACAGCAUUGCUGAGUUCCAAAGAGAAGUAGAUGUCUGCGCACAACUGAGAAUGGGCAGAAUCGAGGAGAAUGGAAAACGCGUGAAGACGACUGUAGAUGGCGUGGCAAGGAGGCUGGAAGGUUUUGAAAAGACAUCCAAAUCGAAGCUAAACGAACUCGAAGAGAAGUUGGACGAGAUGCCGAAGAAGAUAGCGGAGAAGAUAAUGAAGGGGCUAUCUGAAAACCAACAAAAGUUCCUGGGAGGAAAUCAGCAAGACGACGAGAAACUACUAGUCGUUGCCUACAAUUGUGUAUACCGAUUCAUUGCCAGCAACCCAGCUUUCAACGCUAUUAAUGGCACAGUGAACAAAGAAGAAGCGCUAGCUUUCCUCUCCUCAAUGCAAAAGGCAAUAGAAGGACAACAAAGUAGCAGCGUCUCGGUCGACGAGAAUGAGCAGCUGGUUGACACAUGGCUCAAAGGCCUGUCUAAUUUCGACCUUGCUCCAGACAAGCAGAUCACAGAAUGUCUGUUCCGCCUUGAAGACCUCAGCCUGGAAGAGCAAGACAAGGCUCAGUGGAUCAUGAACUCCGAUAAAGUCUACGACUGGUUGACCCGAACUCAGUCCUGUGUCCUUGAGAUCGAGGCCGAGAACUCACCCGACGACCUGAUUAACUCCAUGUCGUUCACUGACGCGAUGCUAGCCAUAACUCUCGGCAAUACGAUAGACUUCCCAGUCUUGUCGUUCUUCUGCGGGCUAAGAAGGAACAACUCCUUCAACGAGCAAGACUCCGGUGCAAUAGCGGUUCUCAAGAGCCUCAACGGCCAGCUCCUCAAGUUUAUUCUGCAGAAGCGGCCGACCGUCAACCUUUCGUUUCUGGAGAAGGACAAGUAUCUCCACAAGUCCAAGGAGAAGCCGAGAUACGCUUCACGUCUCUUCAAGAAGCUGUUGGACUCGCUACCCGAGAAGGACGCAGUCUUUAUUCUGCUCGACUCAUUCUCGCGAAUUUUCGGAGACAAGGCCCAGGGCGACAAAAUCAUUGAGAUGAUCGGCAAGACUAUUAAGAAGAAUCCACAUCUCAUCAUCAAACUGCUUGUCUCGGACCCUCUUCCGAACUGUCCCAGCAAGAAUCUGGUGCAUCUUCCGCUCUACGUUCCAGACGACGUUGAUGGAUGGCAGUGUGGCAUUAACAUGGAGUAUCUCAAGCUGAAAACCACUACCCCAAUAAAACAGUUCCAGGCCCGGCAGAAAGAAGAUUCAACUUCAGAGGAGUCCGACGAGGAGUCCGAUGAAAGUGAUUGGUGA